AUGUCUCACCGCCUCUUGGAAGGCUUUAUUAAAGCUGAUUCAAAUAACAUUCCUGUCGUCGAUAUACAUAUGUUUUCUGAUUACAUAAAAAAAGAUGCUAAUUUCAUUUCUCCUGAGAUCCGUUGUGUCAAAGCAACAAGAAAUGGACGCGAGUCCUAUGGAGAUUCAGCGAUUGGCUAUGUACAAAUAAAAAGGACGGAAAAGUACUGCACUAUUGUUGCAGCAUGCUGCCCCGAACAAAGUGUUCGAAGUAAAAGUUAUAGAGUCCAAGUUGAAGUAGACUUGGAAAAUUCAGAAAUAAAAUCUGCCAUUUGUCAUGACUGUGUGGCCUCUGCAGGUGGCUGCAAACAUUCCCUGGCUGUGUUAGGCUGGCUUCAUAGAGAAAGUGAAAAGAAGAGCGUUACGGAAGUAAAGGCUUACUGGAAGAAAAGUCGAAAAUCAAGCCCUGCUAAUAGUUUUUACCAAGAAGUUGUAAACUGGUCUAAUACUCUUACAUCACAAUCAUCAAGAUCUCAAUCGACAUUCUACUACCAUGUUAAUGCAGAACUGAGCUGGUGUGACACUGUCGACAUUCAUGUCUUGUCUCUUCUGUAUAGAAGUGGCAAUCAAUCAACGAACGUGAACGACUUCUUCGUCUUUUUAAAAUCCCAUAUGACAAAGGAAACCUGCCGAGUAGCUGAACUGAAAACUCAAGAUCAAUCAGAGAACAAAGACUGGUUUAGAUUGAAGUACUGUCGUAUUACUGCAUCGAAAGUUUACGAAGCAUCCAAGUGCAGAACUAGUGAUGGCAGCUUAACUAAUACCUUGUUUGGCGCUUCUAAGUUAAGAGACUCAAAGUCAAUGAGUCGGGGAAGAAAACUCGAGCCCUUGGUGUUGAAACAAGUCGAAAUCAAAACAAAAAUGAAGUUUGAAAGGUGUGGUAUUUUUCUUUCAUCUGAUCACCCGGUGUUUGGAGCCUCACCUGAUGGAAUUUGCAGUACCCAUGUUUUGGAAAUCAAAUGUCCCUUGACCGCGAAAACUAAGUUAAAUUACAUUGAAUCGAAUGGGAAAAUAGCCGAAAAAGUGAAAUCCCAAAUACAACUGCAAAUGGCUUUUACUGGUAGAGAAAUGGGCUUUUUGUGUGUAGCUGAUCCAGAUUUUGAAAAUACCGAAAAUGUCGAAAUCAUCCUUGUACCCUACGACAAAGAGUAUGUCGAGUCUCUGCUUCAAAAGAGUUUGCAAUUUUGGAUAGAUUCGAUAUGGCCUGUUCUCAUUUCAAUUUAA